UUCCACAGAGUGAGGACUGAUCAGAACCACAUGCAUCAAUCAGGGUCGUCCAUUUUAACCUUAACCUAAUUCCAAGUCAUAUUUUUCAACUUGCAUGCAAACAUCGUCAAAAAGACCAUUUUCAGGAAACAGCCAUGAACUAUCACGGAAAGUGAAACACACCACCCUCACUCUCCCAACUUUCUUCUUUCUCCUUUCUCCUUCCUUCAUCUCAUUCUCUCUAUAUAUAUAUCAACCAUUUCUCAACACUCCAUCAAAAAUGGCAACUCUUCCAAGACCACCCUCCAAAGACAAGGACAUCAUUGGCAGAUUCAUGCUCCAUGCUCGUUGCAAGAAGCACCCCAAACAUCGUCAAUCACCUGGCGUAUGUUCUCUUUGUCUCAGAGACAAGCUUUCUCAACUUUCCUCCGACUCACCUUCUUCCUCUUCUUCUCGCAAAACAAACUCUAUUUCUUCAUCUCCUUCAUCUUCCGUUUCCUCCUAUUCCUCUUCUCCCUCUUCUUCUGCCUCUCCCACAGCCCUUCCUUUUCCUUUCUCCAAUGAACCAAGGACCGCCUCCAUCUUUCUCUUCACCGCCAAGCACGCUGGAUUCCUCAAAAGCAAGUCAAUGACCGUUCUUUCCACCAGGAGAAGGAGAAGAAGAAACGAAGGUGAAGCUUAUGAUGAUCCUGGUAUGAAUAAGACUGGCAAGAAAAGUGGCUUCUGGUCCAAGUUGCUUCAUCCCAAAAGCAAGAGAAUGGAAGAGAUCAAAAGCACUAAUCUGGUUCAUACUACGUCUCUAAUACAAACACUGGCAUAGCCAUCCAUGUUCAUGUAUUCCUUCAUCAUGUUCAUCAGUGAUUCUUUCUUUCCAAUCUCCUUUCUGCAAAAGCAAGACACAAAAAUAGAGCUCUUGUAUUGCAUGAUAGGAUUGUGUAAAUAAACACCUUUUUGUUGAUACAAGAGAUUAUUAUUCCUUUUAGAUCUGAUUCGAUCGAUCCAUGGUUUUUGAGGCUGUCAUCUCAUCACUUUACAAGGAUAAACAGUGUCCCACACCCCAGAUCACAUAUUUUAAUGAUAAUCAAAAACUAUAU